AGACCCAGUAGUGUCCCCGAUGAGUUCUUGCAUCUUAGUCAAGAGCUAACUCAGCACCCCACUAUCUCAAACUUGGUUCGUGCUCAGUCUAUUCACUCUGGGAGUAAUUCCACGAGACCUAAGUCUCUCAUGUGCGCCAAUGCUGAUGGAAAAAUAACUGCUAGAACGUCAAAAAUUCUGCUUGGGACUGCUGCUCGAGUUAGACGUAGCCAACAAAAGAAGGAUGAUGUUGAUGACAGUUUGCUCCUGACACAACCCAUGAUACUGGAUUCGGAAGGUACAUCGACUAUUUGUCAGGGUCGAGCAAUUUCAUCCUCAAACAGUGCAGAAGACCUAAUGGAACUAUUUGCCUCUACACAGCUCACUCAACCUAUGAUGGACAACAGCGAAUUUACCCCCGUGAUGGGAAUGCGUGAGAGUACAGGCGUCAAAGAAAGCCAUAUCGAAAAAACAAACGCGUUAGAGCGGGCGCAUGUGUCUAAUUUGACUGCCGCUGGUAAUUCCCGUCACAAGGGAAUACGCACAGUUCCAUCCCGUCCUCCUGUACCGCCCCGUGCUCAGUUGAAUACUCGUAACACUAAGGAGUCGGUUGAUUCACUUCAGGGUGGUACCUCGACAGCUAGCAAAAGAAGUUUCGAGCCCUCCAGUUUUGUUCGUCCGCGUAAGCAAACUAGGAGAGAGUCCAGUCACUCCACACUUUCUUCUGCACAUGGAGUUUUGACCAAAACACACGAAGUAUUUUGUCAGAUAAAUGUGACAGAUAAGCAAGGUAGCGAUACAUUGUCCGCUGCAGAAGUUCAUUCCCUUUGUGGAACGAGAUUGAAGCGUCUCCCAAGUGGCACUUCUAUAAGCUCUUGGCCUUUGAAACGAUCUCGCUUGCAGAUGACGUUGACAACUCGCAACAAACUUCUGAGGAAGUAUAAUCUCACACGCCAGUCUCUUAGCUUCAAGAAGUCCAUGAAAGAUCGCCCAGCUCUUAGUCCCGGUUGGUCACGGUGGCGAGCUAUGUGCCACGGGUUAAAGCAUAAGGGUUCUUCAUUGAGCCUUAAUUUUCGUGCCGAUCGAAAGUCGAAAGUUCCAACGAAUUUCNUUUCUGAUACAGUUUUACGCCGUAGCAAGCGGGAUCGCAACAAGCGUGAAGUAACUAAGAGCCUUGUUCCAGAAACUCAAGAUCUUCAUGAUGAGCUGAACAAUCUUCCCAAUACUUGCUUUAUUAACGAGACCCCCAUCUCUCCCGAGAGGGCGCUUAUUAAUUCGCGCAAUCCACUGUCCAAUCCAAAACAGCCGCCUUGUCAAUUCAUCGUUCCCCUCAAACGUCUGCUGCCAAAAGCGACCGAAAAUCAUUUCAGUAUUCGGCGCGACUCCCACCAUUGUUCCUUGACCAGUGCACUACAACUUCCACCACCUAUGCCGGCUCGUGAAGUUAAUUCACUGAAUCCCCUCAAGUCGCCGAGUGAUAAACCACCAUCCUCAUGCAACGAAAAUGAUACAAUCUGUCAUACGAUCACUCCCAACUAUCGAAUGCUACACUGCAGUUCCUGCGGUGAAAGCCUUGUCGUGCAUCCUAACGGUUUAAGUACACCAUACGGUUCUCCUUCACGGACAGCUAUCCGAACUGCGCCGUCAAUAACUGCUGAUGAUUUAUCAUGCUCCAUUUCGUCUACUUACUGGCAGGCAGAAGAUCCCUGUGAUUCUGCUUUUUCAGGACUACACACCGAUCACCUCGUCAGCUUGAAUAGAACAGCUGCUGCCUCCGUUAGUUUGUUCAGUGAUGUUGGUUGCCAGACGUCAUUGGAUUUUCUCGGGAUACCAGAGAUUAAAAAGCCAGAAAUGUCGACGACUUUGGAGCCUAACGUUGGCUCGGAAGAACUACUCAAAUCUCAUAUAGGAGACGGGUCUCUCCAGUUAAACAAAAAUUCAAGUAUCUCAAGCACUGUCCAAAUUCCACAAUUUUCUGGCCGGGAUCUGACCCCAGUUGCUCCACUAUCUCAAUCCCAGAAGCAGCAAGAAUCUCUCGAAUGCACAUCACUUCCUCGCACACACGCACCAGUCCCUUAUCGCCGUACCAAGAGCAAAGGUAAUUCAAUCGAACCUUCUGAAAGUUCAGCAGCCAAUUCUACGUUUCCGACUUGUAGUAUGGAUGUCAUUCCUACUGUAGAUCGAGAACGUCUUCGAAAUGAAUGCAACGAGUUAGAAGCGGUUGUUGCUGCCUUACAGCAACAGUUAGAAGCACAAGCUGCUCAGCUAAGUCCCAAUGCCACUGAAGAGCUCCUGCGCACAGCUGGUACAGAGCCGUGCGAGGAGGAGAUGGAAAUGUAUUCACGAAUUGUCGACCCCGUUGGAAAGUCACAGAAGUCGAAGACAGGAGACCAUUCAUCUGAUUCUGAUACCAAUGCAAUAACCGAAACCUCUAGUCACGAACCCGUUAUCGUGAUUCCUUCAUCGCAAGUCGACGAUGAACUGGACACCGUCGAGAAAUUGUCCGAAGACAAAGAAAACGUAUCACUUGAAAAUAUGCCAGUUCAUUCCAGCGCAACGACCAUCACCCGGGUUGAGGCCUCUCAACCACCCAGCUCUUUCGGGGCUGUCACGGGCAGCUUAAUUCCCACUCCUUUGGUUCCAUCAAAAUCACACACGGCGUGCAAACCGACACAUAUGGAACCAACACUUCCUCGGACGGAUCUGACGGAAUGUCCUGAAACCGAUCUGGAUGGUCUGUCUAAUCGUCCAGAUGAUGCGUUAUCCGUAUCACAACAUCCGCAAUGCAGUCGAUUUUCUCCAUCAUCACUGAAAGUUACCGGGUCAAAUCUCACGGGCAACGGCUUGGCUCUGCUUAGACGGUUUUGCAAAGUGUUCGGAGCAACCGAAAAUAGCCGCUUCAUCCCAAAACAAACAACCCAUGUCGUGAUGCGUGAAGAGCCAAACCGGCCGCGAGUAGUGAAANAACGUACAUUGAAGUACUUUGUUGGCAUUCUAAAUCGUGCUUGGAUUGUAAACACACAAUGGUUGCACGAUUCCAUCGAGGCUGGGAUCAUUCUGGACGAGACCCCAUACGAAAUCGAAGGUGACACAGUCUGUGGGGAUCGCCAUGAAGGUCCACGCCGUGGCCGCCUCAAUGUGCCGGCUCAGCCACAGCGCUCGACUGGAUCUCUACCUGAUCAAACUGUCGAUGGCCCUCAAGGUCCGUUUGCUGGCCUGUGGCUUUGUGCUUUCGGUAGUCUGGGCUUGCUUAGUCUUUCGGACUUCAUGACCCUGGCAUUGGAUGGUGGUGCUUCUCGCGUAUUCGAAAAACCAGAAUACCUGACCACGGCAGUGGAGAGCUACUUGAAAUCGGAAUGCGCAAAGAAUACUGGUGUCCGUCGACCUCGGGCUAUGAUCCUAACAGAUCAAAAUCCUCCGGAUUUCGAUGCUUCUAAGUGUCUAGCUCUGUAUCAGACCCACGGGAUUCCAGUUAUUAGUAUUGAUUGGAUGCUAAACUGUAUUUCUUUGUAUCGACGUAUCCCUAUCAGCCCAUUGUACCGUAUCUGUCCAUCCCCUGUGCACAAUCCACCAGCCCCACUGACUGCACAUAAUGCUCAUCGUUGA